AUGGCCAGCGCUGUCUGCGGCGUCACCGCGCGCCCGCACCUGCCUUCCGCCGUCCCUGCAGCCGCAAGAAAGCUCUUCUUCCGCUGCAGGGCGGCCUCCACCAUGAACGAGGCAUCUGCGAGCUCGCCGGACGCCGAGGAGAAGAAGACGACGACCGUCUUCGUGGCCGGCUCGACGGGGCGCACCGGCAAGCGUGUUGUGGAGAAGCUGCUGGCCAAGGGAUUCGGCGUCGUCGCCGGCACGACGGACGUGAGCAGGGCCCGUGGCAGCCUGCCCCAGGACCCCAACCUUAAGCUGGUCAGGGCUGACGUUACGGAGGGCGUCGACAAGCUGGUGGAGGCGGUGCGCGGCGUCGAUGCUGUCGUCUGCGCGACGGGAUUCCGGCGGUCCUUUGACCCUUUUGCUCCGUGGAAGGUAGACAACUUUGGCACAGUGAACCUGGUUGAAGCAUGCCGAAAGGCAGGCGUAACAAGAUUUGUACUCAUCAGCUCCAUUUUAGUAAAUGGGGCUGCUAUGGGUCAACUUCUGAAUCCAGCCUACAUUGUGCUCAAUCUACUUGGCUUAACACUGGUUGCAAAGCUACAGGCAGAGAAUCACAUCAGGAAAUCAGGAAUAAAUUACACUAUUGUAAGGCCUGGAGGGCUGACAGAUCAACCCCCAACAGGGAAUAUAGUCAUGGAACCUGAGGACACUCUUUACUCGGGAUCCAUAUCUCGGAGCCAGGUUGCUGAAGUAGCUGUAGAAGCAUUGUUGUGUCCAGAGUCUUCCUACAAAGUUGUUGAGAUUAUCGCCCGAGCUGAUGCUCCAAAUCGCCCUCUGAAGGAUAUGUACACUGCAAUUAAACAAAAUUGA